AUGCCGAAACACCCCGAAGACACAACAAAUGUGAGUUUCCAGCCUCCGGGCCGCUGGGUGUGGAAGGAGGAAUCCCAAACUCUGGAGUUCUCCAGUCAUCAUCCAGCUGAGGAGGCGGUAAAGAGGAAAAAGAGCCAAACUAAUGUCGGUUUCAGGGAGCUGCAGCUGCGGGCGGAGUGGUUGGCUGCGGUCUGCUCACCGAGCCGCAGGGGGCGCCAGAGCCUCACGAAGAGCCUGAGUGCUGCUCACCUGGACUCCUACAGAGCCUCCGUGAAGAAGAAGCAGCGGGACCACGUGACCCUGGAGGACGUGAAAGCGGCGGCCGUCGGUUUGCUGCAGGAGAAUUAUCUGCUUCCUAUUCCCUCCUGCUUCCUGGACGUGUUGACGAGCAAGGAGCUGGAUGGAGUCCUGGCUGCUCUGCUGCUCUAUCUCACCUGCUUCUUUGAGCACAGAUCUCUGGAGAACACAGCUGCAGCGCUCACCAGCAUGGCCACAGAGCAGCAGAAGAUGGCCGAGUCUCUGGCUAAGAAGGAGAUUUCUCAGAGGAAGCUGGCCGUCUGCUACUUCAGCCUCAUGAUGGACCUGCACAACGAGCAGCAUCCACGACACAAAGGCCACAUGUCCAACAGAACCGAGUGGCUGCUACAUGCGUGCCUGUACAGCUUCUUGUGCCUGGUGUGCUGGGCCACGCUGGGCAGGCGGCGGCUCAGGGACAUCCAGGAGGAGCUGGGCCGCCUCCUGUACUCGGACACCUUCAGCCGGGCGGCGAGGAACGCCACCGAUAACGGUUCAGCAGCUGACCCCGAGGAGGCGGCAAGCGGCGGUGCAGUCAGGCAGAGAACAUCUCGGAGGUCUUCGUCCCUCGUCAGUGCAGCGAACCAGAGAUCUCCUCUGAUGGUUUCUCUGCUGCCUUCGCCCAAAGAACGUUCCCCUCAUCUGUUCCUCGCCUGGUCCAGCCGCCCGUCGCAGGCCGAGCACGUCCACACCGAGGCCCUGACGGAGCGACUGGACCUGGAGCCGGACCUGCAGCCGGCUGCCGUCAGAGUUGGGAUUCUUGGUAAACCGCUGGAGGAGUUGAGUGGCAGCAGAGACCAGAAACAGCUCCGAGAGGACGAGGACGAGGACGGAAAGAGUCAGCUGGUGGUGCUGUUGAAUUAA